AUGGACGUCGUGGUUCAGCACCGAGCAGCCGAAUUUGUCGAGAAGUACUGCAAACAACAGUUCACGAGCUGUGGACGAUCUGUCCACAAUCUGACCAUUCUCCCCUGGUUGGCGUCAAACGCUGCUGCCAGAUCAGAAGUUUCCAAAAACGCUACCUACACCUGGCAUUGCACGAAUUUUCUUCUCAGCGCGAAGAAAAUUUUCUCUAAAAGCCAAUUACACCCUCUUCAUGGGAGGGACGUUCUGGGUCGAAUUUUUGUGGACCCACUGUUCCUUCCCUCCUCCUCCUCCUCCUCCUCCCCCCUCCUCCCCCUGCUCCUCUUCCUCCUGUCAUUUUUCGCUUUUUACCUCGUUUUCUCUCGUCAGUUGCAACACGGUUUCCCGUCAGCUGUUCCUCGUGCCCGGGGCCACCAGCAACGCUGUGCCUCUGUGCUUCUCUUUCCAGCAAACAGUCCGAAGUUGGGUCCUUUUUGCAAGGUCCGGCUCUACUUAAUUGAAUUAGUAGACAUGGGUUGGGUUUGGGGCUAA